AACGCUCGUCUUCUUUUUGUUUACUGUUUGUUUGCGGUUGCAGCUGCUGCAAAUUUAGUUUAAAAUAUGUGUUAAGGUGUUUUAUUGUUCAGAAAUAACUUUGUAACUUUAGAAAUGGCACCACAGCGUGAACCUAUCAGUGUGCGUGUAACGCGUUUGAACAAUUUAAUUCUCAGCAAAAGUGGCGCCUCGGCUGGUGGUUCUAUUGGCGCCAUACAAAGAAAAUCGGUAGCAGCGGCAGGGCGUCGGAGCGCAUAUGGAGCUGCUACGGUUAGCCCUGCCGUAGCAGAGGCUGUGACCCGCGAAGGGCUUUUGGAUGCGUUCUUCUUAUUGUACAACGAAUGCAACAAAGAUGCGUUAAAGAAACGUGAUCGCCAAAUAGCAGAAUUUGUGAACAAGUAUCGCGCAAUAGUGGAGCAGACGCAGCAGUUACGUGCGAAUAUAGAAGACUUCAGUGUAAAGACGAUGAUAGGCAAAGGGUAUUUUGGCAAUGUGCAUUUAGUAAUUGAAAAACAGACGAAUGAUGUCUACGCAAUGAAGAAAAUAAAAAAAUCAGUAGUCACAACAUCCCAAGUGAAGGAGGAGAGGGACAUAAUGGCACGUCGUUGUUCGGAGUGGGUAACAAAUCUUCAAUACGCAUUUCAAGAUAACGACAAUUUGUAUUUAAUAAUGGAAUUUCUUUCUGGUGGAGAUCUACUAAGUUUAAUGUCUCGGCAUGGACCUUUUGAAGAAGAACUUGCCCGAUUUUACCUAGCAGAAUUAACCAUGGCUAUUCAUUCCUUGCAUGGAAUGGGUUAUGUACAUCGCGACAUCAAACCGGAAAAUAUAUUGAUUGAUCGCUUCGGACAUAUCAAACUGGCCGACUUUGGCAACGCAGCUGCACUGGAUCGUGAUGGUCACGUGUUUAGUCUGUCACCAGUUGGAACGCCUGAUUACAUUGCCCCUGAGUUGUUGCAAACAAUAUCCACAUACAAAUUAACAAAGUCAAUGCAUGAUGUUAGUUGUGACUUUUGGUCAAUGGGAAUCAUAGGUUACGAGUUCAUUUUUGAAAUAACGCCAUUUCAUGAAGAUAACGUGCAUGAGACUUAUUCAAAAAUUUUAAGCCAUUGUGAAGAUAGUCAUUUAAAAGAGAUAAUAUCCUUUCCUGGAGAUCAAAAAGUAUCAGAAAACUACAAAAACCUAAUUAGUUCAUUGGUCACUAACCCAACAAAUCGUUUGUCAUAUGAGAAAAUACGUCAACAUAAUUUCUUUGAUAGCAUCAAAUGGGAAACGCUUCGAUCACAAAUGCCACCUAUCAUUCCAGUUGUGAAUAGUGAUGAUGAUACAUCCAAUUUUGACGAUGCUAUCCAUAACAAGAGACGCACCAACACAUACGCUAAAAAAUCGCUCACCGCAAAUGUGCACUCUAAUGAAUUUUGUGGUAAAGAUCUUCCCUUCAUAGGUUACAGUUUCGUACACAUGGGAAAGCAAAGUGUCGAUGCAGAAGGUGUGGCUGAUGAUGCCCGUUUUAGCCGUUUGAAUGCCAAAAUUAAAGACUUGCAAACACACCUAAAGGAACGGGCGGAAGAAAAUAUUAAAAUCAAACAACAGCUUUUGCGUGCUGAGCAAACAGCCACACAAUCUGACACGCAGUCGAAAAUAUUGCAAGAUGCAAAGGAAGAAAUUAACAAAAUGAAGAACAUCAUCAAGGAAAAAACCAUCGAAUUGGCUGCUUGUAAAACUCAAAUAAAAACACUACAGAGUUCGGUGAAGGUGGAGCAAGAAAUGUGGGAAAAGAAAGAAGCAACAAUAACAGAAUUGUUACGUGUGAAUCGCCAAAAGUACGAAGAAGCUAAGAUUGCUUCAGAACACCGUUAUGAGAAGCAAGUUGCAGAGAAAAAGCACCAGUUGGCUAACAUUGUACGAAAGUUGGAGGCGAGGGAGACUGAAUUGAACGCUAAAACGGAUGAAUGCAAGCAUUUACAAGAAAAAAUGGAAAACUAUAAAGAGAUGUUACGACAAUUCAAAGAUGAAGCAAUUGCUGAUAAAGAAGUAUUUGAGAAGAAUAAAAUGCAUUUGAGCGAAACAUACGAACAGAAACUGGCAGAGUUACGUUCGAAAUUGAGGCACGAAAAAGAUUCGCGGUCCCGUCUUACAAUGGAAUUGCGUGAGGUGCGCAAUGAGCUAGACGACUCAGUAACUUCAUCUAAGUCAACGCAGGAGGCAAAAUUGGCGACAGAAAAGAACAACGACGAGAUAUUAAAACGUUUGAAUCGUGAACUGGAAACGAACAACAUACUGCAUACACAGAAUUCUCAAUUAGAGCAGCAGCUGGAAUUCGCGCAGAAAACAUUACAUGAACAACAGCAUGAGAUUAGUCGCCUCGAGCGCGAGUUAAAUGUAUUAGAGUGUAGCAAGAAUUUAGCUCAGUCGGAGCUUGCAGUCCAGCAAUCUACACCUUAUGAGACUGCUCCAGGCUCAUUGACCGAAUUAAAUGUAAUCGAAGAGCAGUUGCGCGCGGAUUUGGAAACUGCUAAAGAAAAUGAGAAUACACAAAAAGUUCGCGCCGACAAACUACAAGCGAUAGUGGAGAAAUUGGAGGAAAUGCUGGAGAAAUUCAAUGAACAAGCGCUGUCCCGCUCGCCGAUGAAAGGUGAUGCGUGUGGCAGUGAAAAUGGCUCACGGCCAAGACUCCGUGAUAUUCCAAGUAGCGUCGGUGAUAUGCUGGAAAAACAAAACGAGAAAUUAGAAGAUCGACUCGUCGCCGUUCGUGAACAAAUGAUUGUUGAGCGACAAGCGGCACGGACCGCCAAUCUCUCGCUAUGGAAAGUUGAGAAAAAAUUGGAAGAAGCUAUUACUGAAAAGAAAAUGACACAACGACGCAUGGAAUUGACUGAGGAGAAAAUUAAGAAAGUGCAGGCAGAAAAAGACGAUGCAUUACUACGAUGCAAAACAGCACAGAGUGAAAUAAAACAACGCGAACAGCGUAUAAACGAGUUGCGCGAUGAAAUAAGUUCCAUGAAGCGCGACGUUAUGAAAGAGCAUCGCAUGUGGGAGAAAGCGGAACAGGAACGUAUGCAGUGCAAAUCGGAGAUACUCGAACAUCUAUCCAACACCCAAAAAUUAGAAGAACGCGUCACUGAAUUGCGCCAAAAGCUUGAUCAAGCCCAGCAGAAGAACGAUGUUAUCUUGCUAGAGAAUAAACGAUUGCAACGCGAACUCAAUGAAGAGCGCGACAGGAGUAAUACGGCGAGUGAUGCAUCAUCCCAAGCACAAAUUGAAUUGCAAAACCUACAAGACAAUUAUGAACGUCUCAAGUACGCCUGUACUAUUACAGAUAACCAACUCACUGAGGUAGAGAGUAUGUUAGAGAGUGAGCAAAAGCGUAAUAAGGUAUACCAAGAGAAGCUUGAUAAUGUAAAUGUUACAUUGCGUAAAAAGGAGGAUACCAUAGCGCAGCUACGCAAGGAAUUGUCCGAUGAGCAAAAUCAGAAGAGUGCUUCUGAGUCACGUGUGCGAGCACUUAGUGCUGAAAUUAAAGAAAUUUCGGGCAAUUUGGUCGAGACGCAGAAAAAGUUAAUAUCUCAUCAGCAGCAAUUGACGGAACAAACUAACCAUUUGUUCCAAUCCCAAGAGCGUGUCGAAGUGCUAGCUAAUGAGGCAUUCAAUUUGCAAGCGAUCAAUGAGAAUCACGAACGGGAGCUGGCACUGUUAAAAGAAGAAAAUGCGCGCAUACUUUCAGAGCUGUUUCAUGCCAAAGAAAACGGUGAACGCUUGCAGCAGGAGCUUAGAAACUCGCUAGAAAAUGUGAAUGAACUACAAGCAGAAAUCGAGGAGCUGCAAGAAAUAAUGGCGGAGAAGGAAGCCUUUUAUGUGCAGCGUGACAUAAAAUCCGAAGCAACUUUGUCGCAGCACAAGAAGUUAAUUGAUUAUCUACAGUUGAAGGUGGAAGAUUUAUCACAAAAAAAGAAGCUAACUUUAACAGAAAAAAUAUUUGGGAAUAGCACUCAUAGCAAUGCAGGGAAGAAAGAAAAUAUAUCUCCCGCUGCAGUUGAGGCAUCGAUAUUAUACCGCACUUUGCAGGAAGAAUUACGUCGGGAGAAGCAGCGUUGCAAAACACUUCAGGAACAAAUUGACAAAAUGAAUGGUAUAAGCCAGCUCAACUCUAGCUCCUCAGUCAGAAUGAGAUCACCACUGAAAUUCUUGCCAAAAAGUGUGGUCAACGAACAACAACAUAGCGGUACAAAACAAGCAGGAACGUUGGCGAAAUCGCCAUGUAAACAAACUCAAAAAAACAUCGCCGAAUGUUCUGUGAAUGCGCAGCCAACUUCCAAAAAAGUAGACCAACCCCAUCACCGUUUCGAACUAGCGCUGCAGGAGACCAACAAUACUAAUAUGUGUGUCGCAUGUGAGCGACUGUUAUUAGCCGGCACGCCGUAUUGGAAAUGCAAAGAGUGCAAAAUGGCAGCACAUCGUAAAUGUCGUGACGAUGUGCAAACUUCAUGUGGAGAUCAACCCAAUAGUGCCUCAUUACCUCAGCCAAAUUCCGCAGGCUCUAGUGAUUUAGAUUCGCUCUCAAAAUACUCUUAUGAGGGCAAAGUAGAUGAAAUUGACAAUGCUACGGAUGCUGCUUCCGAUGCAACUGAUAACGAUUACUCUGGUGCUUUAAUAUUCAGUGUAGAACAACAGAAUGCGCCCAAUUUGGAACCACUAGAAGUAAAUUGUGCCUAUGAGAUUGAAGAUCAAAAAAUCAUACUUUUAGGUUGCAAUACUGGUCUGUUCGCACUGCACGUUCAACAGCCGCAGCGACUCAUACACAUCGCAGGCAUUGAUUCGGUUAGCUGCAUUGCCGUUUCAUUGCCGCUUGCAAAAGCUGUAUUGGUAGGAGCUCGUGACGAAUCGUUGUUUCAAUGUGAUUUCCGGCAGUUAAUGUCACGUAGUCAAUCUUCUUCGUCAAAGGUGAAUAGCACCUUGGAGGUGUCUGUGCUAGAUUUGCCGUCUUAUAAUCGUACCACCAACGAGAAGUGGCAACUUGUAAAAAUUUCCAAUGAAGCUGAGAAUGCGCUGGACUCUGUAGCUAUAGCUGCAACAUCAACCCGCAUUGUAAUCAUGCGUUAUGAUUUGAAGCUGCAGAAAUUCGCGCCAGUGCGUGCAUUAGAUACAGCUACACCCGUUUCAUCCAUACUUUUCACACGCCUUACAGCCAUUGUUAGUUCGGACAAAUUUUUUGAAAUCGACUUGCAAACGUAUGCUGCUGAAGAAUUUGUAGAUAUGUCUGAUCAUUCGCUGUCUCACAUGCGCAACUGUCAGCCGGUUGUUGCGAUUCGUGUGUCGCGUCAAGAGUUUUUGCUUUGCUUUAUGGAGUGUGGUAUUUUUGUAGAUGAAUACGGUUGCCGAUCUCGACCAUAUGAUUUGAAUUGGGAGCAAACGCCUACUGGUUUCAUGUACCGCGCACCCUUCCUCUACACCUCACAUUUUCAAUCGGUACAGGUGUUGCGCUUGCAUCGCUCUUAUACACAAGAAUUGGUCAGAUCAGAUGGCAGUAAGGAUAUGGAUGCGGAUGUCGACGAUAGUUGCCCAGGCUUGAAGCGCAUUUAUUUGUCUUACUAUAUGCCUACAUUAUUAGCAGAGAGCGGGAAAUUAAAUGCUUACAUGCUCGCCAUUCAACGAGACACUGGAUUGCAACAGAUAUAUCACUUGAAUGCACUUCAGGCAUUCAAACAAAAACUAAAUGAAUCAGUGGAGACGAUUUCAUCGAUAGCAACAUCAAUUACCGCUGGUUCUUUUGCCACCACUAAUGCUGAUAGCAUCGAUUAAAUUCAAACUAGUUUAUAUAAUCUACGUAAUUCUCUCAAAAUAUACACAUUAGAUAGAUAUAUGAGUGCGAUUUUCCACACUACAUUUUUAUUGACAAAAUACUAGUUUAUGAAUAUUUUAAAACUUAAAUUUUUAUAUUUUAAUAUAUGACAUAAAUAUAUAAGAUUUUGUAGCGAGUAAAGAAUAGGCAGUUUCGAUGAGCUUUUUGUUCUGAUUACAACGGUAUUAAGUGUUUUCAGGAAUUAAAAAUGGAUGAGAUAUCGAAGAUCAAAGUAAUUUUUACAUUUUUUAAAAACGUCUAUAUCUCCAAAGUUGACCGUUUACAAAACCAAGCAGGUCCUUUAAGGGUACUUAAAGUAUGAUAAUUUUGCUUUGAUGUGAACGCUUUUAAACUUAUUUUGUGAGUUUGUAUGAAAAUAGGAUUUUUAUGAACGAACCGGAAAAUUUGCAUGGAACCAAAAGGUUUUUUUUUUCUCGAAAGUUUGCCGUAUUAACAGUGUAAAUAUUUCAUUUAGUCUGUGGUUACAUAAAAACCCUUACAGGCUAGAUUUGAACUUAGCACUAAUUGUUACUGGCUAGGAACAUAAUUAAAAAUCCAUUUCCUUGACUUUGUAAACGUUUUCAUCCGUUGAAGUCGUAAAUGGGCGACCAGAUCGCGGCAAAUCUUCCACAGUUUUCUCGACCCUCUGCAAAAGUCUUAUACAACUCGUAGACCAGUGUUUUUGAUAAAGCACAUUCGCCAUAGGCUUUCUGCAACAUUUUCAAUGAUUCAGCAAACGAAAUCCCGUUCGAAUCACAAAAUUCAAUACAUCGCACCCUAAAUACAAAAGGGUCACAACUCAAAAUUUUCCAAAACUGAGUUUUUUUGCAUAAAUUAAUUCAGAGUACACAUUCCUAACUGCUGCAAAUAUUUCGUUCACAUAA